CUUUCUUUUGCACACCAAGUAGUAGCAAAAAAUAAAAAAAAGAGAGAGAAUCAGCGCUCUCAUCAGGUGGAUAGCAGCCACUCGACGCAAAAAUCACCGGAGACUUCCUUGAAUGGCAACGACAGAAGCGGCACCGGAGAACCAACGGCGAGCACAGGCAGAGGACAAAAAGACAAUGAAAGAGGAGUGGAAAGGCAAGCGAGAUACUGCCGGCUUGCUUCAGACGACGAGGGUGACCGACUCCACUCCUUUCCCUCCUCCUCUUCUCGUCUACCCAGAUUCGAAGCCGUCCACCAUGCAGAGAGAGAGAGAGAAUGGGAGAGGGGAGAUGACCGCCACUCGCAGGAGCUGCUGUCAUCUCGAGUGCCUCCUCCGAGAAGGAAGCGAUGCCAAAGGAGCAGAGGUCAGUUCGAGAGAGCGCCAGCGCACAUUCUUUCGAGAGACAGUGGGAAGGCGCCGCCGCCGCCAAUGCCGCCAGCAGACCCAAGAAGAAGCAAGUGCCCGACUGAGGCAUCACAUCAACGCCACGCCGCAUCUUGAGGACCACUUCAACCCUCGCACAAGACAGUUCUGGGUGCAAAGGUACCGGAGUCUCAAACGGAUCUCCGCUGAAAAGUGCGUGACGUCUGAGCGAUUGGACUAGCAAGCGCCGUUUUCUUGGCGCGGGCCGCCCAGAGCAGCAUCAUGAGAGAACAAUUCCAAGAUAAGGGGCCGUUCCCAAGUGCGCAAUCUAUCGGCGACCGCCGUGGCACAAGUGUUUUCCCAGAACAACUUGAGCGAUGUUGCGCACAAAGCGUGGGUCUCGAUAAACGGGGCAUGCUGCGGGUAUCAGUUUGGCCAAGCGGCCCCGAGCACGUGGUCAAGAAACGCAAAAGAGGCAAGAUCCAAGCACCGCCAAUGCUCUCUAACAUACUGUAUGUUGAAGGCGUAUUAUUUUAAUCAAGGGCAUGACUUGCGUCUUUCAACACUGUUAUCUUAAUGGUCAACACACAGUCU